GUCAAACAAAUAAAACGUAAAUAAAAACAUAGCCUCCGAUGGCGUCAUAUAUCGCGCGCCUGGUGUUUAAAUAGUUAAAUAGAAAUAAAUAAAAACAGUAAAAUAAAACUUCGAUUUGUAGCUAAUUUUACCAGGCCAGUGGACUUUCUGGAAUUCUGGAAAAGGGUAGCAUUUCCCAGGGGGAAAAGGUUUUCCUUUCGGGUCCGACUUGCCAACGGGCCAACAGUGCGACCGAGAACCGGGGAAGGGGUGGGCGAGAGUAUGGCAACAAACCGGGGCGGUAGCACGGUGUACCUCGAAAUGGACGGCCGGCGGGAGCAGCACGCACUGCCGGAACAGGACGGCGAAAAUGACGCCGAUAGUGGUGAAGCCAACGACCAACCAGCUGACGUUUCUGCUGGAGGACAUGGAGGUGGACCACGAUCUGAAGCUGAUCUCGCGCAGCAAGCCGAUCUCGGCGAGCCGGGCGGCAGCUGCGGCCGCCGCCGCAGCCUCCUCCACCGCCGCCGCCGCUCAACAUUCCGUCAACGAUGGGGCGAGCGGUAGCACCGGCGGCACGGGUGGAGGAACGCAAACGGGUGGUGGCGGAGGAGGAGGAGUAGGAGUAGGAGGAGGAGGAGUAGGAGUAGGAGGAGGAGGAGGGGGCGGCGGCGGAGGAGCGAAUGCUGCCGACCAGAACGGUGGAUCUCAGCCGGCGGAGGGCUACGGUGGCAGUGGGGCAGCACCCACGGGAACGGGCGGACAAUCGAACGCGCAACCGUCGACGGAAACGCGCAUCGAGGAUGGGAAGCUGUGGUACGAGCGGCGCUGGUUCCACCGCGGCCAGCCGGUGCACGUCGAGGGCCGGGACAUACCGCGCUUUCCGGCCAACAUCUCCGCGAUCGGGACCGAGGCGAUCUGCGUGAAGAAAACGUCCGACGGGCAGAAGGUGCGCAUCUUUCUGUCGCAUCUGCGCCGCGGCAAGGUGUCGAUCAAGCGGCGGGCCAACUAAACUAUGCGGACAAUGGGGGGGAGGGAGGGAAAGAAGGGCUUUUUCGGUAGAGAGGCAUGUUGGGCGUUUUUGCCGCCCGACGAGAACGAGAAGCGUUGUUUUGUGGUUUCCGAGCGCCACUGGACAAAUUUGUUUGGUUAGAGAUUUAUAAUAAUUGCGUGCGUUUUUUUUGUAUAAGGAGAUUUGUGCGCUAUUUGUGAGAUAGGAAAAGGGCAGGGGCUGGGUGAAAUAGCCAAAAACCGUACGACACUUACCCACGGGCCAAAGUCGAUCUCGGAUUACAGUUGAGCAAUACACACACGCGCGCACACUAACAAAACCGGGGACUGCUAGGAGCUAACACGAUAAAACUAAGAAUUCGAGCUCGCGCUCGCUCACUCUUACCCCACGAAAUACACACACGCACGCAAACACA